ACUCGAGCUGCCCACCCACACAGCCAUGUCGCUCACGGUCGAAUCCAUCACUGCCCAGGAGGAAGCAUGCCGCCUCCCCUCGUUCGACAGUAAUGUCGCCUGGGAGAUCGGAAAUAUCAUCCGCACCAACGUCCAACAAAAGUUCACGCGCCCCGCCGUCGUCUACAUCGCACAUGCGAACUCAUCCCAGCUCUUCUUCUUCGCCACUUCAGGACCUGGCACACUCCCGGACAACAUGCACUGGGUGAAGCGCAAGGAAGCAGUAGUGCUCCGCUGGGGAUGCUCGACGAUGGGGAUGAGAUUGUCUCUGCAGACCCGGGGAAUGACGCUACAGGAAAAGUUUGAAAUGAGCGACCCGAGCAUAUAUGCGGUGCAUGGCGGCGGUUUCCCAGUGAAGGUGAAGGGUGUGGAGGGGGUCAUCGGUGUGAUAGUGGUUAGUGGUCUUGCGCAGGAGGAUGACCAUGGCGUCAUUGUGGAUGGUAUCAAAGAAUACCUUGCGAAGAAUCCUUGAGCAAUCGAAUCAAGGGGAAAUAUUAAGGCGGUGUAAUUGUG